AUGGAUAAGCGUGCCACAACAGGCGUAACGAGAAGCGAACGAAGUUUAAACAGCACGCGUAAAUCGUGCAAUACGUGUAAGAUACCGGCAACGACGAAGACGACGCCGGCAACGACGAAGACGACGCCGGCAACGACGAAGACGACGCCGGCGGCAGCGACGGCGAUGAUGCCGGCAGCGGCGACGGCGAUGCUGGCAGCGGUGACGGCGAUGAUGCCGCCAGCAGCGACGGCGAUGAUGCCGGCACCAGUGACGACGACGCCGGCGGCAGCGAUGGCGAUAAUGCCGGCAGCAGCGACGGCGAUGAUGUCGGCAGCAGCGACGACGGCGAUGCCGACAGCGGCGACGGCGAUAAUGCCGCCAGAAGCGACGGCGAUGACGAAGAUGACGCCGGCAAGGGCGAAGACGACGCCGGCAACGACAAAGACGACAUCGGCAUCGUUGCCGCGAGCGACGGAGACGACGCCGGCGGCAGCGACGGCGAUGAUGCCGGCAGUGGCGACGGCGAUGCCGGCAGCGGCGACGACGAUGAUGCCGCCAGCACCGACGGCGAUGAUGCCGGCACCAGUGACGACGACGCCGGCGGCAGCGACGGCGAUGAUGCCGGCAGUGGCGAUGGCGAUGCCGGCAGCAGCGACGACGAUGAUGCCGCCAGCAGCGACGGCGAUGAUGCCGGCACCAGUGACGACGACGCCGGCGGCAGCGACGGCGAUGAUGCCGGCAGCAGGGACGGCGAUGCCGGCAGCGGCGACGCCGAUGAUGCCGCCAGCAGCGACGGCGAUGAUGCCGGCACCAGUGACGACGACGCCGGCGGCAGCGACGGCGAUGAUGCCGGCAGCGGCGACGGCGAUGCUGGCAGCGGUGACGGCGAUGAUGCCGCCAGCAGCGACGGCGAUGAUGCCGGCACCAGUGACGACGACGCCGGCGGCAGCGAUGGCGAUAAUGCCGGCAGCAGCGACGGCGAUGAUGUCGGCAGCAGCGACGACGGCGAUGCCGACAGCGGCGACGGCGAUAAUGCCGCCAGAAGCGACGGCGAUGAUGCCGGCACCAAAAGUAAUGAUAUCUCGCCACUCCCAGACCCAAUGGCAGAUUGGGACAGACCGCCGUAUAAAGCAACAAAUUCAUAGGCAAUACGUAAAGGAAAAAAACAAAGAUAAAAUCUUGUGGGCUCGCAAAAAAGAAACGUGGAAACAAGCACCGGCCGCACAACCAUACGCACAACCCGGACAAUCCGCACCACCAGCAUCAUAUGUAUCAUACGCACAACCCACACAACCUACACAACCCGCACCAUACGCACAACCUGUACCCGGACAAUCCGCACCGCCAGCACCAUAUGUAUCAUACGCACAACCUACACAACCUACGCAAUCCGCACCAUACGCACAACCUGUACCCGGACAAUCCGUACCGCCAGCACCAUAUGUAUCAUACGCACAACUCACACAACCUACACAAUCCGCACCAUACGCACAACCUGUAUCCGGACAAUCCGCUCCGCCAGCACUAUAUACACCAUACGCACAACCUGUACCGCCAGCAUCAUACGCACCAUACGCACAAUCCACACAACUCACACCGCCAGCACCAUACGCACCAUACGCACAACCUACACAAUCUGUACCUGUACCGCCGACACUAUACACACAACCCACACAACCGACACCAUACACACAACCCACACCAUACACACAACCCGCACCAUACGCACAAUAUGCACCGUACAAACCGUAAUAGGAUAAUUUUUUCUGGACUAGUUUUAUGAAAUAAAGACAUUUGUCACAGAUGGGUUCAAUUAUGUUACUGAACCCAUCUGUGACAAAUGUAUGUAUUUCAUAAAAUUAGUCCAGAAACAAAUAAUGUAUAUCAUGUAGUACAGUUUACUUUUCUGACAGAGUAGAAUACAUUUUAUUAAAUUAUAGAAAUAUUCUAUAGAGAAAGUAUAGCGUGAAAGUUUAGCGCAUAAGAUUGUUUUGUUUCUUAUAAUUUGAUAAAAUGUACUCUACUCUGUCAGAAAAAUAUAUUCAUGUACUGAAUAUAUUUUCUGUCUAUUUUUCUGUCAUUUUUAUGUACUAUAUGUGUAA